GCGGCGGCGGGCGGGGCCUCUUUCUCUCCGGCUGUGCCCGCUCCAAGGUGCUUGCGAAGUACGAGCGGGGCUGGCAGGCGGGAUGAUGGGGGGCAAGAGCAGCGCCAUCGCCGCGGGCGUUUGCGGCGCCCUCUUCAUCGGCUACUGUAUCUACUUUGACCGUAAGAGGAGGAGCGACCCCAAUUUCAAGACCCGGCUGCGGGAACGAAGGAAGAAACAGAAGCUUGCCAAAGAGAGAGCAGGACUUUCAAAGUUGCCUGAUCUGAAAGAUGCUGAAGCAGUUCAGAAGUUCUUCCUUGAAGAGAUUCAGCUGGGCGAGGAACUACUAGCGCAAGGAGAAUAUGAGAAGGGUGUUGAUCACUUGACAAAUGCCAUUGCUGUUUGUGGACAGCCACAACAAUUGCUUCAAGUUCUACAGCAGACACUUCCACCACCAGUUUUCCAGAUGCUUCUUACUAAACUUCCAACAAUUAGCCAGAGAAUUGUAAGCGCACAGUGCUUGGCUGAAGACGACGUGGAAUGAGACAUCUCAGCAGGAAGAGCAAGCGCUUCCUUAGCCCAGAAGAUGAGCACCGUGGGGAGGGGUGGGGAGAACAGGGUAAAGGAGCAAGCACGGUAGUCAUGAGGAACUGCAUACCGUCACCUGCCAGAGUUCAUUUUAACUUUGAGUAGGUCGGUUUGGCUGGACUUUAUUUAUUAUCUAGUGCAAAGUGUAUUUUGAUAAAUUCAUUUUAUAAAUACACCGUGUUGAGUUAAAAAGUAUCAUUCAUGCCAUUUAUUACCAAACAGUUGUAACAUUGUACAUGCAAAAGAUGUAAAGGUACAGCAUAAAAUACCCCGUGCUCAUUUUCGAAAAUCAUGAAGCUAAGGCAUUAAAGACUUGUCUGUGCUCCCA